GCUCACUCUCCCACAACACAUCCUAAAUAAGCAUCAUAAAUUCAUAGUCUUUCGGUCCUUCCUUCCUUCCUCUGCUCUAGUGUAUGCCACUCUGGUUAAUUAUCAUACCCCCUUCUAGGCAUAGUUCUUCUCCCUCUGUUCUCUAUUCUACACUGUGAAACCCAGAUGAAGGUAGCAUUUGUAGCUGUUCUACUUAUUUGCCUUGUCCUAAGCUCCUCCUUGUUCGAGGUGUCAAUGGCCGGUUCUGCUUUCUGCUCCUCCAAGUGCGCGAAGAGGUGUUCUAGGGCUGGGAUGAAGGACAGGUGCACGAGGUUCUGCGGGAUUUGCUGCAGCAAGUGUAGGUGUGUGCCAUCUGGGACUUAUGGGAACAAGCACGAGUGCCCUUGCUACAGAGACAUGAAGAACUCCAAGGGCAAGCCCAAAUGCCCUUGAUUGUUAAUUUCACCAUGCAUCAACUUCAAUCUCAAACCUUUGAAUCCUUCACUCUUGCUAGCUGAUUAAGUUUUCUACCUUUAUAAUUAUUGUGUUUGUGUAUUUAUAUAAAGAGAAAAAUUUGGUCACUUUAGUUGAAUCGGGUAUGCAUGAUAUACAUGAGUGGGAAUAAAUCGUGGUCUUCUUUGUCCACCUGUGAAUUUGGUCUGUCUUAAUAAAAGUGAAUUCUCCUGAUAGUAUUUGUUUGGAAAUUGUGAAAA